AUGAAGGUGUCGUGGAUCAGGAGAAAGGACUAUCAUCUACUGACGGUCGGGCUGACGACUUACAGCAGCGACGAACGAUUCAGUGCCACACAUCUGCAAAACUCCGAGGAUUGGACGUUGCAGAUAAAGUUCGUCCAGGACCGGGACGCCGGGUGGUACGAGUGCCAGGUUUCAACACAUCCCCCGACGUCGAUCUUCCUGGAGCUGCGGGUAGUGGAAGCACGAGCCGAAAUAGUUGGACCGCAAGUGAAGUACUUGACACCUGAUUCAACGCUUAAAUUGAUAUGUCGCGUAGUACAGAGCACCGAAGCAUCUGCGUUCAUAUUUUGGUACCACAAUAAUCGGAUGAUAAACUAUGAUGUCGAGAGGGGCAUCAAUGUGUCGACAGAGGCAGAUUUUCACUAUUCGGAGUUGACUAUCAGCCAUGCUGGCAAAGAGCAUUCUGGGAAUUACACAUGCGUCCCCAGUAAUUCACAACCAGCCAGCGUAGUUGUACAUAUAUUCAAAGGUGACCAUCCAGCCGCAAUGUAUCACGAGCACCGUAGCUCUUCCGCAAUCCCUUACCGAGAUGAACGAUUAUUCGGACUGUUGCUCACCAUAGCCAUUCUGGUCUAUAAAACGAUGCUCCAUUGAAAAGUUAUUCCCAGCCUGGUUUAUUUGCAAAAUUCAGAGAAAUCAUGCUUUCACCAUCAAUCGGUUGUAGUUAGGGAUAAAGUUUGGGGAAUUGUGAGGAAAAAGUUUUUUCAGCUAUUCAUUUGGGUAUUGAAAGGACAACUUUUGGUUCAUUUGGCAUCAUUGGAAUAAUAAUGGUGACGAGAAUAGAGCUUUCGUUUUCCAGUUUUCAACGAUGAUCAGAAAAGUUGAAUUGUGAAUCGUGACUUUGUUGUCAAAGUGUUUUUGGAGGUUUUACUACGUUUCGUGAGUGUUAUUUUGUUGUAUACAUGUUUUAUAUAAG